CCUUCCCUGCUGCAGAAGCUGCUGUGCCCUCCCUUAGAGCUCCGUUUUCUCGCCGUUUUCCCCUUGGAGCUCAGACCACUGGCAGCUCCGAUCGCUUUGGUUUUGAGAAGCCAGAACCGUGCUUGCAGCUCCCAGGGAGCCAGGAGCCAGAGGGAAUGGGCCCUGGGAGCCUCAGACCUCCUCCUCAGGAGCUGGUGACAUUCAAAGAUGUGGCUGUGGACUUCACCCAGGAAGAGUGGGGCCUCUUGGACCAUCCUCAGAAGGAGUUAUACAAGGAGGUCAUGGUGGAAAAUGUCCGAAAUCUACUCUCCCUGGGCCUUCCAGUUCCCAGAGAAGAUGUGAUCUCUUAUUUCAAAGAAAGGGAAGUGCCAUGGAUUCUGGACCAAGAAGGCCUAAGGAGUUGCCCUCCAGGAGAGAUCAGACUUGAAAUGAAGGAAAGAACUACAGAGCUCAGCCUUUUGGUGGUAGAAACUCAAGAGCAAAGAUUCAUGAGCGAUGAUCCCUAUGGCUUUACUUGGACAGAAACCUGGGCUACACAUGACAGAAUGCACACAGGAGAGAAACCUUAUAAAUGUAACCAAUGUGGAAAGGGUUUUAGACAAAAGAGUGUUCUUACUAUACAUCAGAGAAUCCAUAUUGGAAAGAAGCCUUAUGAAUGUGACCAGUGUGGAAAGGGUUUUAGGAAAAGGAGAAGUCUUACUGUCCAUCAGAGAAUCCACACUGGAGAGAAACUUUAUGAAUGUGACCAGUGUGGAAAGGUUUUCACACAGAGGGGAUGUCUUUCUGUACAUCAGGGAAUCCACACUGGAGAGAAACCUUAUGAAUGUAAUUACUGUGGAAAGGGAUUUAGACAAAGGGGAGCUCUUAGUCUACAUCAGAGAAUCCACACUGGAGAGAAACCUUAUAUAUGCAAUCAAUGUGAAAAGGCUUUUAGAAGAAAGGAAACUUUAAUUAGACACCAGAGAAUACACACUGGAGAUAAACCUUAUGUAUGUAAUAAAUGUGGAAAGGCCUUUAGAGGAAAGGAAGGUCUAAUUAGACAUCAGAGAAUCCACACUGGA